AAAUCUUUAGACUCCUUUUUAAACUAUUGAAAAACCCUUCUGCUCCAAUGAAAAAUUUUUGAUAGAAUAGCAUUUAAAACUGUGAAUCAAAUAUACUUUAUAUCUAACGUUUUCUCCUCUCUUUCGUUCACAAAACUUUUGUAUAUUUCCUCAACGAUUUUUAUUGCCAUCAUUCUUUUUCAACAAUGAAUGAUAAAACUAUUUCUGGCGAUCCUUCUUUAUCACAUCAUGAAAAAGAUCAAAUUUCUUCUACUGUCAUAGAUGAAGACAUUGAAAAAAUUUCUUCCUCUACUGACCUUGAAGGUCCUCCUAAUGGCGGCUUAGCUGCAUGGCUCGUUGUCUUUGGUGGUUUUUUGGGCAAUGUGACAAUUUUUGGUGUCAAUUAUACCUGGGCUGUCUUCCUUAACCAUUACAACACUUAUAUCUAUCCUGGAAAAAUGAAUGAACUCACCUGGAUUGGUUCUAUUUGUGUUGCCCUGUUUUUCAUUAUUGGCCCUAUUAAUGAAUGGAUUUCUUGUAAGAUUGGCUAUAGAAACAUGCUUUUAAUCGGUGCUAUUUUAUGUCCUUUGGGUCUUAUGUUGGCUAGCAUUACUCAUGAGAUCUGGCAACUGUAUUUGACUCAAGGUGUUAUCUUUGGUCUUGGUGCAUCUUUUGUCUUCUUUCCUUCUUUAGGGGCUCCUCAGCAAUGGUUUACAACACGUCGAGGUUUGGCUGUUGCAGGCAGCAUGUGUGGUUCAGGUAUCGGUAGUUUGAUUUUCUCUAAUGUUGCUCAAGCUGCUAUUGCCAACUUGGGCUAUCGCUGGGCCUUGAGAAUCAUGGGCUUCAUGUGCUUUGCUCUCUUGUUGAUUGCUGCUGCUGUUGUAAAGCCUCCCAAGAAUGCUGAACCCAGCAAACGCGAAUCUUACUCCGAAUUAUAUCAAAAACAAAAGAAGUUGAUGACCAGUAGAUCCUUUCAAAUCAUGUUCGUUAUGGGCAUUGUUACCACAUUUGGUUACUUGACACCAGCCUUUUUCUUGGCCUCUUAUGCAGAAUAUCUCGGUUUAAACCCUUGGGUCGGUACUAAUUUAGGUGCUAUCAUGUCUGCUGUAAAUACUAUUUCUAUGCUUGUUGUUGGCUGGAUUAGUGAUCGUACAGGUCGCUUUAAUGGCCUGUUCAUUUGUACAUUUUUAUCUGGUGUCUUUACACUUGCGCUUUGGACAACAGCUAAAUCAGAAGCUUCUAUCUGGGUCUAUGUUGUCUUGUAUGGUUUCUUUGGUGGUGGUUAUCUCUCAUUAAACGGUGCUGCUCUCCCUGAAGUUGCUGGAUAUGAAAAUAUCUCUGCUGCUAAUGGCUUGUUUUAUAUCACAAGUACGCUUGGUUAUAUGUUUGGCACCCCCAUUUCUUCUGCUAUUAUCAGUAGUACAACUCCCCCUGGCUAUAUUUAUGCUGCUAUCUGGAGUGGUUUAUUGAUGGCUAUUGGUGGUAUCCUCUGUUGGAUGCUCCGUGUAACUAGAGUAGGACAUAAUCCUUUUAUCAAAGCUUAAACCUUCCCCCUUCUCUCUUUCCUCUUUUUUGUGUAUAUAUUAGAUUUUCAUGUCUU